CAUUAUGAAUUGUUAGACGAGUAGCGUUUUUUUUUUUCAGCGUCGUCUACACCGGAAAUUCUCCAGAAUUUGUUGAUUUCGUCCCAGACGAUUGCCGUUUGAGACAUGGCUGGUGUUGCCUUUGUGCCGAAGGCCACUGUGUUUGUAAUUAUAGCUGCCCUUGGGUUGUGUGUGUGCUUUUUAACCGUCUUUCAGUUUGGAGUGUUUUUGUUCAAAGAGGGUUUUCAUGCUGGACAACACCAUGGCCAACGCACGUUCGGACACGCACAACACGAUGCUACAAAUCCAUACGUGAGCGACCUUUUGUUAGAUCUGCUGCUUGUUGCAGCAUUCGUUCUGCAACAUUCUCUGAUGGCUUGCAGGCUAUGGAAGGAUUUCAUCCAAUGGCUGGGGCUUGCGGUGGUGGAGCGAUCCCUGUAUAUAAUGGCAACAUGUGGGACACUGCAGUUAGUAAUGUCCCAAUGGCAACUGCUCUUUCCGGAGUCCGUGCUGUGGUCCUUCGACACAGACAGUCGUUGGGUCUGGGUGUCCUUCAGUGUUUGCUGCUUCCUGGGCUGGCUGUGUGUGAUUGGCUUUGUCAUGGUGCUGGACUACGCCGAACUGGUCGGAAUCAAACAAGUGUACUACUAUGUGAUAGAUCUGGACCCUCCUAUUCAUAUGAAGUCCAGGGAAUAUCAACGGCUUUUCCGGAAUUUCCGGCAUCCCGUGCUGACGGGACUUCUCAUCAUACUGUGGGCAGUGCCUGUUAUGACAGUGAGCAGGCUUGUGCUUGCCCUUUCGCUAACGGUCUACACAUUCUACGGCCACAGUCUGGACAUGAGGGACUAUGACUACAUCUGUGUGCAGCAUCGACUGAAGAAAGUGACUCUGGGUUCGCCACAGGGUUUCCGAGGGGGUCGCGCUACAUCUGUGAGCUAUGGUUAGAACACUGUCCUCCUUGACCACAUUUUAGAAAAUGUUUAAAUUUGAUUUCAUUGGUUUUCAUAUUUCUGUUAAUGAAACCCAAGGAGUCUUCAAAAGUGCAUGGUAGUGUUGUACAGGGCGAGUCAAAAAAAGCGGAACCCAAACCCCCAAAAAUAUAUUUUAUAUUUAAAAG